UGUACAAAUCGCAAAAUGUUCUCCUGUUGCCGGGCAAAUCCUAAAAAAUCGAAAAAAUCAAACGAAGAUAAAACUACGAACACUCAACAACAAGAAAGCCAACAACAAAAACAAAAUGAGGACACCAAUCCGACGGAUGAUAAAAAACUUAUAAUACCCACAAUAACCAUUGAAAAUGGCAAAACAACAAAUGAUGAUACAAAUACAAUAAUAAUAACAACGACAACAACAACGACAAGUACAACGAAUUCCCCGAAUACUACGGUCAUCGACAACAAAAGUGAAGAAGUGAAUGGAAAUCAAACUGACAAUGUCAAUAAUAAGGAAGAAAAUGAAAGUGGUGUAAUACUAUCACCGCCAUCGCCACCUCCAUCGACAGCAUCGACAUCGGAACCAAUAACGGAUAUUAAUAAGGAAUCAUUGGUGGAAACGGCAGCAACAGCAUCCCCAGCUGCAAAGGAAAUCAUCAUUGGCAAUGUUCUGGAAAAUGAAGAUACAAAUCAUCCAAACGACGAUGAUAAUGACAAUGACGAUGAUGAUGAUGAAAAUCAGCAACAGUUGACCAAUGACACCAAUAAAACAACAACACCAACCACAGAAGCAACACCAAAUGAUAGUGAAAAUGUAAAUAAUGCAAUUAAAAGCGAUGAAUCAAUGGAUGCUUCCAUUGACGUUGAAAGUGUUGAACCACCAUGUCAGACAAUGGCAAAAGAUUCGGAACCGGUGACGGCUGCAUCAUCACUGGUCACCGAUGAAGAGUGCUCAUCGAAUGAAACUGCAGUAAUGGGCAAUAACAACACUUCCAGUGAUGCCACUGGAACCAGUACAACAGCCAACACUGUUAUCAGCAACAACAAUAGCAACAGUCACAGCAACAGCCACAGCAACAGCAACAAUACCAGUAGCAAUACAGCACCUCCAAAAUCAUGUCUCUCACGUCACAACUCCACACAUACUUCACUCAAAAAGAAACGUGUCAAUAUCAGUGUUCAUGCUGAAAUUAUAGAACCGGAACCAAUGCCAAUGUUACCACCAUCAUCAACGUCACAGACAUCAGCCGCCCCGGCGUCUGUGGGCGAUGAAGAAGAUGAUGUGUUUUCCGAUUCGUUGCCACCGCCGAAACGUGAUAGCAUGUGUGCACCGUACAUUGAGCGCGACGAUGAUAACAGCGACAUUGUAUCGGAGACAUUGGCCUAUGCUCACGGCUUUCCGGAAUGGUUUAAUGAUGAGAGGUUUAAUGACAUAGGUUGCAUUGAACCACCUGUAACACCAGUGGGACGUGAUGAGUUAGAACUAAAACGACAACGCCUCUAUGAGGAUUUAUUGCGUGCAGCACAGGCUGCUGUUGGUCAUAGUACAAGGUUUCAACCAUUCGCCUUUGCCAGCGGAUCGUCAUCACUGAUACAACAGCCACCGCCGCCGCCACCACCACAAUUUGACCGUGGGGGAGAUUGUGAUCCAUCGUUAAAACCCUCAAUUGCUGAAAAUCUCGAGACAUUGGUCAAUCGUCUGGAGAAACUUGUUGAGCGUUUGGAACGUUCUAUAAGUGCUCGUGAAUUGGAUAUAGCCAAUCGUACCUUUGACACUGUACAGAAACGUGCAAGUCUAACGGCUGUAACUGAGACGUCUACUGGCAACGAUAUUCUUGAAGUAACCAAUUUGUCGAGUGUCGACUUACAAACGGAAAAGUUAAAUCAACGUAUUGGACGUAUAGAGGAAUCGUUAAGUCGCAUUAACGAACGCCACAGCCUUAGCAGUAACAGUGAUAGUCAAGCGGAGCAGCAGCAGCAGCAACAAUUCAAAGACGGUAGUCUUGAAAAUAUUCCAACUGUAUUAGACGAUUUCUCAUCACUUCCGCCACCACCGCCGCCGUUAGAACUCAGUAUGAGCGUAUUGGGCUAUCAGGACAUCAUCAAUGGACCAUUGAGCCAAUAUUUGGCUUUGUCGGCCAAAAUUGGUGGAGAUGUUGCCAAACAUGCUGAUUUUGUCAAAAAGGCUUUUGACGCCCAAUUGCAAUAUGUCACCUUGGCCACUCAAUGCUCCAAGCCGGACCAAAACAAACAAAUGGAAUUGCUGAAACCAACAUCUGAUCAGAUUACAGCCAUUCAAGAUUUCCGUGAAAAAAAUCGUGCUUCACCUUUCUUCAAUCACUUGUCGGCCAUUAGCGAAAGUAUACCCGCCUUGGGUUGGGUUUGUGUGUCUCCCACACCUGGUCCCCAUGUCAAGGAAAUGAACGAUGCCGGUCAAUUCUAUACCAAUCGUGUAUUGAAGGAAUGGAAGGAAAAGGAUGCCACUCACGUGGAAUGGGCUCGUGCCUGGGUUCAAACCCUUACAGAAUUGCAACAAUACAUUAAACAAAAUCAUACUACUGGUUUAGUAUGGUCGGGCAAGGGUGCAGCUCCUGCCUCGGGUGCUGUGCCACCACCACCACCCAUGGGCGGUUGUCCUCCACCACCACCGCCACCAACCUUCGAUAUGUCGAACAUGUCCUUGGAGGGUGGUGCCGAUGAGCGCAGUGCUUUGUUUGCCGAAAUCAAUCAGGGCGAGAAUAUCACCAAAAAUCUGAAAAAGGUCACUGCCGACAUGCAGACACACAAAAACCCAACCCUACGCACUGGCCCAGCUCCUUUCAAGGCACCCACCACCCAAUUGGGUUCGGCGGUUUCAAAGGGUCCCGCCGUUGAAGUUGCUAAGCCUCCAGUAUUCACCCGUGACGGCAAGAAAUGGCUGAUUGAAUACCAGAAGAACAAUCCCAAUUUGCUGGUGGAAAAUGCCGAAAUGAACAAUGUCGUCUAUGUGUUCAGAUGUGAAGGAUCCACAUUGACUGUGAAGGGCAAGGUGAACAAUGUUGUCUUUGAUUCCUGCAAGAAAUGUUCCCUUCUCUUUGACUCGGUUGUGGCCUCUGUGGAGUUUGUCAACUGCCAAUCGGUGCAGAUGCAGGUGUUGGGUAAUGUGCCUACAAUUUCCAUUGACAAGACCGAUGGCUGUCAAAUGUAUUUGUCCAAGGAUUCGUUGGGCGUUGAAAUUGUAAGCUCCAAAUCUUCCGAAAUGAAUGUUAUGUUGCCUGCCGAUGAUAAUGGAGAUUAUACGGAAUUGCCUUUGCCCGAACAGUUUAAGACCACCAUCAGUGGCAAAGCCUUGAAGACUGUUUGCGUUGAUAGCCUUGGUUAAACCAAGCGACAGCUUGUCGUUUGCCAGUUAUGCAUCUAUUGCACAUGUGCACCACCACCAUGUCACCAAGAGAAAAAAACAA